AAUGCUUACUCCCAGCUUGAACCCUGAGCCGUGGUUCUCAAACUUUAGUGUCCUGUGGGGACACCUGGGGAGGUUGUUAGGAAUGCUCAUUCCUAGGGCCCCACUUAAAACCUGCUGAAUCUGAGAUCCCGGAGUAGAGCCUGAGUAUCAUUUGAAUCACCUUUCCAGGUUGGUUGUAAUGCAGGUCGUCCAGGGGCCACACUUUGAGAACUGCUGACUGGACUUCAGAAGCUAGACUGGAGAUAGGCACUCUGCAGAGAACUAGCUACACUUCGCAAAGAAUGUGUGUGUUCUCUAUUCCUUAGUGUCCUGGUGCAUGUAUACAUGAAGUGUUGGAUAAAGAUCAACAGUCUCUGUUUGAAGAUACACUGAGGACUUAGCAAAGGAGAGAGUAAUUUGAAUACUUGAAACAGCCUGGUGAGGGGGGAGUUGUGAAUUUGCUGUUCUGAAAGCAUCAGAGGACUUGCAAGUGAAGUAUUUUUCUUUUGGAUUUGCACCCACAAAGCCAAGACACUUUGAGACAUGUUCUUAUAAAAUCUUGCUGAUGACAAUAGUAACAGGUUAUACUUGUUUCAGAUGUCACUUCCUCAGAAUUGUCACAGAGCAGGGUUAUAGUGCAGAUAGCAUAAUUGUCUCUUGACACCCUGUAGUUUAUUUGUAAUUGCUGUAAUUCACUUUUAAUGAUGAAUGAAGCUCAACCUUCUAAUCUUUCAUUUUAUUGGGAAGUGUGGUUCCUGCCUCAAAGGUGUUGUGCAAAAAAAAUGACGUAUUGGAGCUUUUUACAAAUUUGUGGUGUGCAUUUUUCUUUCUCAGAGCCUGUAAAACUCAGUUAUUGACUUAAAAGAACUAACACUGUUUGAUUUGUAGAAUUUUCACUGGUGUACCUGCCAUCUUCCUGAGGCAUUUGUUGCCCAAGGAACAGAAAUAGCAAUUAGUUUGUGCGCUGAAGUUUUGCGUUUCAGUUAAUUUGUUUUGGUUUGGGAUAUGAAAUUUGAAGAUUUUGACAUUCCUAAAUAUUUUUUUCUGAUUUAGUCAAAUCUAAAGCUAGAUCUGAUUUAGUCAAAUCGAAGCUUUGGUUAGCUUUCAGGAUCUCUUGGAAAUUUCAGGAUUUCUCCAGUGUUGCUUCACCUGGAAACAAAUUUUGGCCUGAAGGAGGGUAGAGGAGAGCCCAAAGGAUGUGCUUUUUCUCCUCAAGAUUGAGUCUUGGGUGUUGAUUGAAAUUCUCCUCAGUUUCUGUUACCCAGGUGUUUAUGACUCUGGGCACCAAAAGGAAAUUUACUUGCCAGAGUUUUCCUUGUUUGAGGUAGGUGAAAGUACCUUUAAAUCCUGUGUUACUUAUGUCCUGGCAGAAUUCUAAAGUCUGCUUGUCUCAAAGCUCUGUUGACUCUUACCAGUUGAAAGACUCUAGGAAUUUGGUGUCCACUGUUCUGUUAAGCUUCUUUAGGUUCUUGAAUUUACUGUGAUCUGCACUCCAGUAUCCAGGUUGCUAUUUCUGUUUUGUCAUUGGCUCAACUCAUGCCAGAUUAUCCCAGUAAUUUCUUUCUCUUCUAUGGUUCUUCAUUUAAAAAAUAUUACUAUGAAUAGGAAUUACUUUGUGGUGCACUUAAACAUGUGAAAGAUAACUCUUGGGAACAUGGUGUGUAAUUUUUGCAUAUUUUAAAUUGUUUAUUUUUUGUUUGUUUAGAAUUUCUGUCCCUUUGGAUGAGACCCAUUGGUGGGUGAGGGGAACUUUUAGACUUCUCUCAUUUAAAAAAAAAAUUCUGUAACAAACCAAAUGCUGGAGAGUUUGUGAGAGCAUACACUGGGUAGAGAGAAGCUUGACUCUAGUGAUCUGUAAUGGUAGGGCAGUAGAUUAGAUCUAAUUACUCUUUGGACAGGUGAAUUUGGAGUGCUUGCCGUGGAAUCAGAUGCACUUGCUUGGGGGCAGUUUCAUAUUGCUCCUGACCUUGCUCAGAUUGGUGGCUAGAGUAAUACCAGGAAUCCUUUUAAAAACUAUUUUGGUAGAGAAAGAAGAAACUUCUGGAAAAUUUCAGUAGUGUAGUAAACCUCAGGGGAUUGAUUUUUGCAGAUGUUAAUUAUGUUGAGAAGUAGAUGUUCUUUUAAACAUUUCGUAUUUGUCUUUCCUAGAUGUAAGAGGUAGUCUUUAGGAGGUUUAGAGGGUUGGAUGGGUAUGAAUUCUCCUGCUUGUUAGGAACAAUUUGUUUGGGAGAAAUAGCUGAGUGGGUUUCCCUUUAAACCGAAUGCCCUUAAAUGGAUUCUCCCUGGCUUUGAGAAACUCUUCAUUGUGUGCUUUAUCUUUCACUUUGAUUCAUGACUGACCAUUCUUACAUCAAACAUUUUUUUUCCCUUUGAAGUAGGAGAAGAGAUACUUUUUUUUUUUCAAGUGUACUCCAGAAACACAGAGACUAGGGAUAGAACACUGCUGAAUUGUUCUUACACUAAAAGCUGGAGGCAUAUACAGUUUUAAUAAAAGUGAAUACUUUCUAUCUUUUGAUGUAACUUCCCUUUAGAGAUUUUGUUUCCUCUGUCUUAGAUUCUCAGGCUCUUCCUGACUGCAAUUUAAAUAACUGGUAACUAAUUUUUCAGAGGCAUGCUUCUUAAAAAAAUUAUCAUACAAAAAUUCACCAGCUCAGCUCACAGUUAGUAUCAAAGAAGCUAUAUCAGUGGCAGUGAAUAUUAGUAGCUUGUACCAGGGUUUACUGUGGGUUUGUUCAAGUCAACACUGCUUAAUUUGGCGCUUAGGUUCUUGGAAUACAAAGAUGGAUAUAAGGUUUGCCCUUGAGGAGCUUAUUGUCUUUUGGGAUGGAGAAGGUCCAGACACAUGAAUAGGAUUUUAUUACAGGCCUGGCAGGUGUCAUUAUAGAUGUAUAAAUGGUAAUAGACAUCCUGGUUCCUGCAUAUUGUCUAGGUGUAAUUAUGAAUAAUUCCUCCUUUUACUCUCAAGUGUCCUGCUUUGAAGGAUAAAUUACAUGUGUUGUGCAACUGUGGGACACUGUUUAACUCUUUGCAGCAAAGUGCAGAGACGGCUUCCUGGAGGAAGGUGCUUUCCAAACUAAAUCUUGAAGGAAUCACAGUAUUAUGCUGCCAAAUGGCAAAAUGUACUGUGGCAGUGAACACCAGAAUUUCACAGCCUACCUGCAAAAGUCAUCAUUUAAAAAUAUGAGUACUAAUGUACUAGAAAACUACUCGGAUGCUCCAAUGACACCAAAACAGAUUCUGCAGGUCAUCGAGGCAGAAGGACUAAAGGAAAUGAGUGGGACAUCCCCUCUCGCAUGUCUUAAUGCCAUGCUACAUUCCAAUUCAAGAGGAGCAGAGGGGUUGUUUUAUAAACUUCCUGGCCGAAUCAGCCUUUUUACACUCAAGAAGGAUGCCCUGCAGUGGUCUCGCAGUCCGGCUGCAGUGGAGGGAGAGGAGCCAGAGGACACAGCUGAUGUGGAGAGCUGUGGGUCUAAUGAAGCCAGCACUGUGAGUGGUGAAAAUGAUGUUUCUCUUGAUGAAACGUCUUCUAAUGCAUCCUGUUCUACAGAAUCUCAAAGUCGGCCUCUUUCCAAUCCCAGGGACAGCUACAGAGCUUCAUCACAGGCAAACAAGCAAAAGAAAAAGACCGGGGUGAUGCUGCCUCGAGUUGUCCUGACUCCUCUGAAGGUAAACGGGGCCCACGUGGAAUCUGCAUCAGGGUUCUCAGGCCGCCACGCCGAUGGCGAGAGCGGCAGCCCGUCCAGCAGCAGCAGCAGCGGCUCUCUGGCCCUGGGCAGCGCUGCUAUUCGUGGCCAGGCCGAGGUCGCCCGGGACCCUGCCCCGCUCCUGAGAGGCUUCCGGAAGCCGGCCACAGGUCCAAUGAAGCGCAACAGAGGAGAAGAGAUCGACUUUGAGACGCCUGGGUCCAUUCUUGUCAACACCAACCUCCGGGCCCUGAUCAACUCCCGGACCUUCCACGCCCUGCCGUCCCACUUCCAGCAGCAACUCCUCUGCCUCCUGCCCGAAGUGGACAGACAGGCGGGAACAGAUGGCCUGUUGCGUCUCAGCAGCAGCGCACUGAACAACGAGUUUUUCACCCACGCGGCUCAGAGCUGGCGGGAACGCCUGGCUGAUGGCGAGUUCACUCAUGAGAUGCAAGUCAGGAUACGACAGGAAAUGGAGAAGGAAAAGAAGGUGGAACAAUGGAAAGAAAAGUUCUUUGAAGACUACUACGGACAGAAGUUGGGUUUGACCAAAGAAGAGUCGCUGAAGCAGAAUGUAGGCCAGGGGGAGGCUGAAAUCAAGAGUGACUUGCGUGUCCCAGGAGAAUCAACACGGCCACCGCGUGGUCCGGCCACCCGGCAGCGAGACGGGCAUUUCAAGAAACGCUCCCGGCCAGAUCUCCGAACCAGAGCCCGAAGGAAUCUGUACAAAAAGCAGGAGCCAGAGCAAGCAGAGGUUGCUAAGGACACACAGUCUGUGGCACCAGACAUGCCCCUCUACAAGGAUGGGGAGGCUGAGAAAGACUCAGCAGGGGCGGGUGGUCCCCACCCCCCUGGCACAUCCUCUGCAGCACCCGACCCAGAGAGUCCCGAAUUCCCGGCGGAGACUGGGGCUUCGCGGAUCCAGUCUGAUCCAGACGACCUGGCACGUGUCUCUGCGUCUCCAGACAGAGUUCUCAGCUUGCCUCAGGAAGCUGUGGAUCUGGAACCCAAGGAUCAGAAGAGGAAAUCCUUUGAGCAGGCGGCCUCUGCAUCCUUUCCCGAAAAGAAGCCCCGGCUUGAAGAUCGUCAGUCCUUUCGUAACACAAUUGAAAGUGUUCACACCGAAAAGCCACAGCCCACCAAAGAGGAGCCCAAAGUCCCGCCCAUCCGGAUUCAACUUUCACGUAUCAAACCACCCUGGGUGGUUAAAGGUCAGCCCACUUACCAGAUAUGCCCCCGCAUCAUCCCCAUCACGGAGUCCUCCUGCCGGGGCUGGACUGGCGCCAGGACCCUUGCAGACAUUAAAGCCCGUGCUCUGCAGGUCCGAGGGGCGAGAGGCCACCACUGCCAUCGAGAGGCGGCCACCACUGCCAUCGGAGGUGGGGGUGGCCCGGGUGGAGGUGGCGGCGGGGCCACCGAUGAGGGAGGUGGCAGAGACAGCAGCAGUGGUGAUGGUGGUGAGGCCCGUGGCCACCCUGAGCCCAGGGGAGCCCCGAGCACCUCUGGAGAGUGUGCGUCAGAUCUACAGCGAACACAACUACUGCCGCCUUGUCCUCUAAAUGGGGAGCACACCCAGGCUGGAGUUGCUGUAUCCAGAGCCCGCAGAGAGGACCUGGCUCCUCUCAGAAAGGAGAAGAGCUGCCCACUGCAGAGGGUUCCAGAUGUCCUCACAAGUGCGCUGGAAGAUACCUCCCCACUUCCUGUUGCUCCCACUGGGGACCAGCCGCGCCAGGCUUUGCCUCCACUGUCCUCCAAAACCCCAGCAGCUGAGAGAGCAGCUGAACAGCCUGUGUUGCAUCUAGAUGGUAGAACUGAAUGUGGGUUUGGUACUACCUCCUGGGAAGGGGAUAAUGAAGAGCGAGGACCCACUAUCCCCCCAGAGAAUGGGCCUGUUCAGUCUCUAGCAGGGGAUGUUGUAUUAGAAGAAGGAACCUGCCAGGCUCUAGACCAUGGCAGUAGUCCCACCGUGAAGGAUCCUGUGACUGUGACCCCCAGUUCCAUCCCCAAAUCAUCACUGGCUGGUUGCCUGCAAGACAGACAGUUUGAUGACGAAUCAGGACUUGGUGACUCAGGCCCACCCUCGAGGGAAAGUGUUACUAGGCAAGAAAACUUGAAGACCGAGGCUCUCGACUCCGCCGGUGCUGCUCCUUGGGUGCCUCCCCUGUUAAGUGAUAAGGCAGUGGGGCGGCCUGAUCCUGACUCCAGAGAUGACGUCCCAUCUGUUGAGCCCCAGGUCCGAGAGGAGUGGGAGAAAGAUGCUCCCCUCGUGCCGGCAUUGCCUAUGAGGUUGACUGCUGAGGACGGCCUGGACCCUUCUGGACAGCUCUGGACGGUACCAUCUCAAGGGUGUGUUGACAGCACUGGCAGUGACUGCAAACAGCUGGAGGUUGAAAAGCUGAGAAUCAAUGGAGACUCUGAAGCACUGAGUCCUCACGGCGAGUCCACAGACACAGCCUCUGACUUUGAAGGUCACCUCUCUGAGGACAGCAGUGAGGCUGACCUUGGUGAAGCCACAGUGAAGAAGAGGUCCUUGGUGGUGGAGCGGGAUGAGAAACAGGACUGGCGCUGCUCUGCCUCACUCUCCAAGGUGAACGGUGACCUGAGCCUGGUCACGAGGACAGAUGGGAUGGUUGUUCCUCAGAGCUGGGUGUCCCGAGUCUGUGCGGUUCCUCAAAAGAUCCCAGACUCCCUGCUACUGGCCAGUACCGAGUACCAGCCAAGGCCAUUGUCCCUGGGGAGGCCUGGGUCCUCAGUGGAGGCCACGAACCCACUUGUGAUGCAGUUGCUGCAGGGCAGCUUGCCCCUGGAGAAGGUUCUUCCUCCAGCCCACGGUGACAGCAAACCCAAAUCCCCACGACUCCCACUGACGAAAGAGCAGGGCCGUGGUGGCUCCCUGAGGAUGGGAUGUUUGCAAGACCCUGGGGGAAACAGCUGCAGAGCUGGCCGGAGCGGCCCCCCCUCUUUAAGAGCUUCAAAGGAGUCUCUCCUACCUGAGAGCUGUGAAGCAAGCACCGAUCUUGCCACCCAGGCUCCUGGAGCACCCCCCAAAAUUUCCAAGACAGUCCCAAGCGUAGACUCACUAUAUCCAGUGACAAAUCCGACAGCUGCCUCUGGGAAAGUAGAAGUGGAUUCCAAAGAGCAGUUCUCUCUCUUUAGUUUUGAAGAUCGGCUGGAAGCCCAUGACCUGUCCCAGGGCAGUAAUUCACAUGCUGCGCCAGGAAACCUCACUACCUCGAGAGCCCCUGGUUUCUCAUCUCCAAAUGUGAUCUCCUCGGAUCCCAAUCAGACAGGUCGGGCCCUGGGUGAUCAGAACAGUGCUAGAGGCCAAGGGAAGAAGCUCUUUGGCUCCAAGACCGAGGCUGCAGCCCUUCAGUGCCCCAGGCCUGUGGAGCCCACGCCACUGCCCGCUGGUGCCCCUCCCAGUUUUCCCAGUAGGAAGUUGGGGCCAAGCAAAAACUCUGUGUCUGGUGGGGUCCAGACUGCCAGGGAAGACUGGGCUCCAAAGCCACCACCCAUCUCUGUUGGCAGCACUAAGAGCGAGAAGACUUUUGGUGGGGGUCCUCUCAAAGCGAAUGCAGAGAACAGAAACGCAACGGGGCCUGGUCCUCGGGAACUGGUGGACCACUUGCAAGGGAUGCCCUUUGUCCUUGAUUUGCCCUUCUGGAAAUUACCCCGAGAGCCUGGGAAAGGGCUCACUCAGCCUCUGGAGCCUUCUUCCAUCCCCUCCCAACUCAACAUCAAACAGGCAUUUUACGGGAAGCUUUCCAAACUCCAACUAAGUUCCACCAGCUUUAAUUAUUCCUCCAGCUCUCCCACCUUUCCCAAAGGCCUUGCUGGAAGUGUGGUGCAGCUGAGCCACAAAGCAAACUUUGGUGCGAGCCACAGUGCAUCACUUUCCUUGCAGAUGUUCACCGAUAGCAGUACGGUGGAAAGCAUCUCGCUCCAGUGUGCUUGCAGCCUGAAAGCCAUGAUCAUGUGCCAGGGCUGUGGUGCAUUCUGUCACGAUGACUGUAUUGGACCCUCAAAGCUCUGUGUAUUGUGCCUUGUGGUGAGAUAAUAAAUUAUGGCCAUGGGAAAAGUUGUAUAUUUAGUGUGUGUAUUUUGAUAAUGAUUGAGCUUAAAUCUGUAUACACAAUAUCACUGAUAAAAUAGACUGUCUCUAGGCAAGUCUUGCCUCUCUAAAAUUUAUAGUGCUAAAGCCCCUCCAUCACUUGUCGGACCUUCCGAUCUUGCUGGAAGGGUUUCCUAUAGGGCCACUCAUGGGGCUGCCCAAGGCCGGCGGCCCGAGCUCUCACACAGACCGUCAGAGCCUCAGAGCCUGGUGCGGCGUGGGGAGCCUCCUCAAGACCUAGAGGGACUUGACACUGAAGCAGGAAAGUUGUGUUCUCCACCAGGGGGCUCACUUAUCUGAACUGAGUAGGAAUGUCAGUCUUCCACUGCCCCCUCCCUGCCGUCUUUCCUCCUGCUACUCCUGGGGAAUUGAUGGGAAAGAAGCCAGCACAGGGUUCAAGUAACUGCCAGCAGUGCCCACCAGAGGGCUUUAAGCACCUGCUGACCUCGGGUCACAGUUCAGUCAUUUGCCAGUUGAUGGAGCCAGUUUGACCUUCGGUUCUGUUACUGAAGCCAACUUGGGACUUUCCUGCCUCUGUAUGGUCCACUGACCCACAGGAGCUUUCGGAACCUUGAAUAGACCUGCUUGGACGACGGGUCAGGCAUAGGGUUGUCUUUCCUCCUUGUGAGUCAGAUGUCCAGACGUUUGAGAAUUCCUCUGCUUGACACCCUCUCCGUCAAUCUGGACUCUGGGAGUGGGCAUCUCCACACACCUGUGUAUGUGAAAGUCAUUUUACAUUUCAAAGCAGUGUGUUUUUCUUAUUUUUAUAUUUUUAACUCUUUAUCCUUGGAUGUAUAAAGUGAACUUUUGGCUUCUGUAAGUAUGCUCUAUGCACCUCUAAUGUUUUAUCAUGUAUUUAUAUGUUGUACACAGUACUGGCCGAUUCUGUAAAUGGAUGUGUUGUACAGAGAACACGAAUGUCUCCCUUAUUUUACGUCUUCGGCAUCAUUGCAUUAAAGUGGUGUAACUGACUUCUCUCCACCUGUGUCAGAGCCACUGUGUGCUGUGCUGCCCGACCGAUGUGAGGGGUGGAGUGGUUGACUUGCCCUGUCCCAGGUCACCCGGUGGGCCUACUGCAGCUUACAGAGCCGUGGUCAGCCUGGCCGCCAGCUGCUGAGCGGAUGUGUCUUGCUCCUCCCAUCUCUUCUCCUGCAACCUUCACUGGCUGCCAUAUGUGACAAGUCACCACCAUCAGUGUGUUCAUUGCUUCUGGAUGAAGGGUGAGUGCCCUGGGGAGCCCCCAGAUGGGCCUUCCAUACCCAGCUCCAGGGUCACCACCUAUCAGCGGUACCUGGGACCAUGCUUUUCUGGGGCCAUAGGCUCCACUGGACAUACUUUUGACAGCAGGUGGAGGAAGAUACAGCCGUGCCUGCUGCCUGCCUCUCUCCCACACCUUUCCGGAAAGUAGAUGUCUCCACAGCUGUCUUCCCUCGCCCUGCUUCCUGCCUUAUGUCUUGUCCUCCGACUUGCUGCAGAGUUGAGCGUCGUCCUUGUUUAACGUAGGUCUCACUGUGUGAGUGCUUCUGUGUGAAGUAGAAAAUUGGUAUAACUUCAGCAAGUCUCAUUUUAUCUGAAGGGUCUCCCCCCCGCCCUUUUCAUCCCAUGUGGCAUUUUUGUCAUCUGAAGCAUGAGUGGGAAGUUGGCAAUGAUGUGGUGAUUUCAAUGCAGUAUUGGCCAAGUCCAAGUCGUCAGCUUCAAGAGUCUGUUUACCAAAGACAGGGAGCAGAGGCCCAAGCGUGUUUGAUCCUCUUCUGCUGUGACCUUUGGGACCACUCUAGGGGACAGUUGGGAACUGGUCUGCCAGGACAAGCACUGCUCUUGUAUGUCUCUGUGGUCUUGGAAAAAUAAACCUGUACAACCUGCA